AUGGAUCUUCUCGUUUGGAAGCUUUGCGUUUGGAUUUUCGACGCCGUGGGCAUUUUUCAGCGGCUGAUCGGAAGCUUUUGGCUUCUGGCGCCGAGACCAGGUGCCCAGCAGAGGCACCAUGAGGAGCGGGAGAGGGUGGCCCACCUGAACCGCGCCAAGGACAUCCAGAUCCUGCGGGAGCAGCCCUUCAACAUCGUGAGCCAGGAGUCGAAGCUGGAGAAGCUGGCGCCAGGCAAGGACCCGGCGCGGCUGGGGGGCCACGCUGGCAUCUUGGGACAGAAGGAGCGGACCAAGGAGGGCAGGGGCGGCUUCCCGGGCACGGCGGUGGACUACGACAUCUUGUCCAACAUGCCCUUCCAGGAGCACCACUGGGCCAGGGAAGACCGGCGGCCGCACCUCAAGGAGAAGUCCCCGCGGGUGCGCAAGGUGCCGGCCUUCCUGUGCAAAGACUUCGACAUCGUCACCAACAAGUACCUGGACAACCACUCAGAAAAGCUGCGGCAGGAGAAGAGGGUGAACCUCAUGGAGGCUCGCCCGAGCCAAAGCUCGAAGGCCUGCAAAGACGGGGCAAGCGGGGUCUCCACAGAGGCCCAAAAGGUUUAUGGAUGCCCGCUGAUGGGCUGGGUCCGCGGCAUCGACACUGGCUUUGCAGCUGCCUGCUCCGUGUCGCUCCCCGGAGCCUGGCCGCAGUCGGAGCACAGCUGCUCCACGCCUUCGGCGGACUCGGCGCCCGAGCUCAGCGCCCAGCUCUGGAGUGCGACUUUGGAGUAUGAGAACCUUCUCAACAUCCAAAAGGAGCAGCACCAGCUGGAGGUCAGGCGAAUGGAGGCUGAGAGCUUCCGGCUGCGGCAGGCGGGUCUAGUCGAAUCGAAGCAAAGAUGCAUAGAGUUGACAGGCAAAGCCUACCUGAAGGCAGCCUCUGCUGACACAGUGAUCCUGGGGUACAAGAACCUGGGAAUCACUCGGUUCAGACCCUGCAAUUGGUGUGCGUGGGCAUUUGCAGCUUUAUCCCUGGUUCUGGCCUUUGUGGUGGAGUCUUAUCACAGUGAGAUGGCAGAUCAGCCGGGCGGGUUGCAAGGCUUGACGAGCUUGGGCAAGCAGUUAUGGGCACUGGCGCAGCUGUUCAGACAACACAACAGAUCACGGAGGAUCGAGCCCGACGGGCGGACCAUCAGCGAACGCGGGCGGUGUGCCAUCGGCCCCGCCGGGAAGGUAUCUUUUCAGGAUUGGACGGAUUCUGUGAUCACACUUUGCGACAGUUCCAUGCCGGGGGUGUAUGAGGUUUUAGAGGACAUAGUGCAGCGGCAACCGAAAAUUGCUUUGAACAUCGAGCAGGUUGUGGCGUGGGAGAACAGGAUCGUGGAUUAUGAGAUUGCCCCUGGAUCAGAACGGAUUUCAGAUUCGAUGAAGAUGGCAGCCUUGGUGCACAUGUUGUCUCAACUGCAGUCAGCUUACGCGAAAGCGGCCAUGGAGGAGUACCAGAGAAUCGAGGAGCUGUCCAUGGACCGGGAAGUCGUGAGAUCUUGGUUACGGUGGACAGUGGAGCCGCGGCAUCAGUUUGUAGCCAAUCGAGGUCAUCGGAUCGUUCUGGAAGCAGAGGACAAGGUGAGCUAUAUCGAGGAGCUGGCCACAGGCGAUUGUGGAGGCCAUGGAGUGUUGAGAGAUGAUGUCCCCUGGGAUGCUGUAAGUCCGGUCAAAGACAUUGGUGCAGUUGGUGCCAACGAGGAUGAGCAGCCGAAGCCCGUGGAGGACGACGAUGGACGGAGCGACCUGUACCAGCCCAGCAGCCGUGAAGGAGAGGAUGCUGAACCAGGUAUCUUUGAGCUGGGUGAGGAGCAGGGCGAUUUACCGGAAGAGAUGCUGCAUGAAGAAUUUGAAGAGGUUGGUGAGAGAUUGGGACAAAGGUCUCCUAUCAAGCCAACUGCAGAUGAGGUGAGACAGCACAACAUCAGCCACAUUCCGUACAGGAGCUGGUGCGGGCACUGCGUUAGAGGCAAAGGCCGAGCGUUGCAGCAUCAGCAGAAUCGAGCAAGUCGAGAAGAGGCUGGACGUGCAAGACCCAGGGUGAGCAUGGACUAUUUCCAGUUGGGGAAGAAGUCAGAUGACAGUGCGCUACCUCUGCUGGCAAUUAUAGAUGAGAAGUCUCAGAGGGUUUUCUCUGUGGCUUUACCUGGCAAGGGUGUGGUCCACCAGUAUAACACGGCGAUUGUGGUCAAGCUUUUGAAAUGUUUGGGUCUGCAAGACGCGGUGCUGAAGACGGACACGGAGAGAUCGCUGGUUGCCUUGAGGUCAGCGGCACAGCUUCGUUUACCUGGUAUUGGGUUUGAAGAUGCUGUGAAAGGUGCAGAUGGCUUUACACCGUACGAGAGAUCGACUGGGAAGAAGUGGAGGAUUGAGCUGCCCGAGUUCGGUGAGUGCGUUUGGUAUCAGCCGCUGAAAGGAGAGCGAGAUCGGAGCAAACUUGAGGCGAAGUUUGAGCCAGGAAUAUACCUGGGUAUCCAGGAGGGCACAGCGAUGAGGUGGAUUGGGACAGCAGAAGGAGUGGUGCGCACAUGGACGAUCAAGAGGAAGCCGGAGGAGGAAAAGUGGAGAGCGGACGAGUUGAGCAGUUUUGUUGGUUUGCCAUGGCAACUCCGGCCGAGGAUAGACGCCCAGCCAGAUGUACGACGAGCCCUGCCAGAUGUACGGCUUGAAAUUGACUUACCGGAAGUAGAUGAUGCAGGUGAGCCGCCGAUGAUCGAGAAGAAGAAGAAGAAUUACGUGCCGAGGGGCAUUUAUAUUAGACGAGAUGUGGAGCUGGAAGCUUAUGGUUACACUGAAGGAUGUGAUGGCUGUGAGCGAGCUCGACAUGGUUUGUCCCACAAGCAGCACAGCCGUGUUUGCAAGGAGAGGAUCAUGGCGGAGAUGAGCAAGUCCGACGAGGGCAAGGAGAGAGUGAGACGCAUCAAAGAGCGUGAGGAGCGGUACAUUGUGGCAGUGCAAGAGAGCGAAGAAAGAAAGAAGAGGUCUGCUGAGGAGCAGGUGGAAUGCGAGAAGGGGAAGUCUGCGAAGUCGGAUGACCCUGGCAAUGUGGUGGACGCUGUACUUGGGGAUGUCUCGGGCCAAGUAUCCGAGGGGGCCGUUCGCAAUGAGGCAGCCUUGGGAGGUGGUCUGGAUUCAGAUAUGGGUACAGCUGCAGGUGGAGGUGGAGAUGACGUUGUGCUGAUGAGUGAUGAGAAUUCAGCUGGAGACGAUAGCGCUCCUGCUAUGCAGAUUGGUGCUUUGCAUGUGAUGAGCAGAGGGCAAUCCACAGAUUUCAAGGAAGCCGUGCGAGAAGCGAGUAUCUGUGAGACUGCUAUGUUGCUGAUGGAGGAGGACAUCGAAGAUCGACGUCUUCUUCUGCAAGUGGGGGCCAUUUCGGUGCAGGAUGCUUAUGAUUUGGGUCAGCCUAUUAUUGCAGAGCUGUUCUCACCGCCGAGAGUUUCAGACGAGGCAAGAAGACGUGGCAUAGGAAGCGGCGUGGCUUUAGACCUGACUACAAGCGAUGAGUACGGCAACCCGUGGGAUUUUACAAUUGCUGAAGUGCGGAAGCGAGCUGCAGAUCUGAUUGAGGAGGAUUUGGAUUUGAGUACAGUUCCGGAUGAAGACUGGUGCACUUUUGUGGAUGAGGUUUCUGGGAAAGCUUUGGAAGCAUCCAAAGUACAGGCGGCACGGGCAGAAGAAAUCGACUAUGCUCAGCGGUAUCAGGUUUGGACGGUUGUUGACACGGACGAGUGUUACAAAGCAACCGGCAAGCCGCCCAUUAGCACGCGCUGGAUCGACCUGGACAAGGGCGACAUCAACCGACCAAACUACCGCAGCAGAUUGGUCGUGCAAGAGGUCAGAUCCUCGGAGAUCGAGGCGAUCUUUGCUGCUACGCCGCCGCUGGAGUCAAUCAGGAUGCUCUUGAGUCUUCAGAGGUCUGGGAAUGAGCGAGACCACAAAGGGCGCCGCAAGAAGGUGAUGUUUCUUGACGUUCGGAGGGCGCAUUGGACGGCGAAGAUUUUUAGGUUGGUCUACGUGCAAUUGCCGGAUGAAGCAGGAUUUUGCCCUGGCAUUGGCUCUCCGGUGCUAUUCUGCAAUCAGACGAGGGAUUUGCAGGUGACCCUCCACGGAGCCGUGCACUCGCUCCAAGCCGGCGCUUCGCUGGAGGGCUACGUGCCGGCUCAGCUUCAGAUGAAGGAGGAGGAGCAGCGGCUGCUGCUGGAGGCCAAGCAGAAGGAGCUGGAGCUGAUGUCGUCGCUGGUGAGGGUGCGGGACCAGCAGAUCCGGGAGCUGCAGCGUGUGGUGCCCAAGGCGCGGGAGGAGCCCGAGGCACGGCUGGUGGCAGACUUGCGGAGGGACAAGGCGCAGCUGGAGCAGCAGCUCCUGGCCAAAGAUCGCCAGCUCGCCGCGGUGCAGGGCCUGGACCCUGCCAUGUCCGACGCCUCCGCCUUGCAGCUGGGAGCCAAGGCCAUCCAGAUGUUCCACGACUCCAUGCAGAUGAAGCAGGACAGUGCCAUCCUCUCCCGGGAGAACGAGGACCUGCGGAAGGAAGUGGAGUCGCUGCAGCUGCGGGUCCAGGAGCUGGAUGGCCGGGUCGCCGAGAAGCGAGCGGAGGUGAAGGAGCUGACUUCCACGAUCUCGGGGAAGAUGAAGCGGACCUUGCAGCUGGAGGAGCAGGUGGAGGCGCUGCAGCGUGAGCGGCACCUGGCGCUCAGCGGCAGCCAGUUUCAGCUGCACAAAGUCCAGGAGCAGCUGGCGGCCGCGCAGAGGGAGAGCCGCGCGGCUCAGCAGCUGGCGGCCGACCUCAAGGCGGAGGUCGCCGAGAGGGACCAGCGCUUUGUAAGGCAACAGGCCGCCUGCACCGAGCACGAGACCUGUGCCCAGGAGAUGCAGCAGCGAGUGGAGGAGCUGCGGGGGAAGCUGGCGAAGGCGGAGGAGGCGAUGCGGCAGCUGCGCCAAAGCGGCGCCUUCAAGGAUCAGCUUCUCAGGGACAUGACCGAGCAGGUGCAGGCGAGCGAAAACAAGCUUCACUCCUUCCAGAUGGGGGAGCUCAUUGCCGGAUCCAGGCCCGCCGGGGCCUUCGCGCCGCCCGCAGUGGAAGCCCUGGAGGCGGCGACCCCGCCGAAGUCGCCCAGAGGCGCGCCCGGCGCCAAGGCCGCGGAGGAGUUGCGUUCCGCCUCUCAGAAAAGCCCAAGGCGGAUGUCUUCCCCCGACUCCGGGACAAUGUCGGGCGCGCGGCUGUCAAGCUUCCCGGCCAUUUCCUCGGUGUUGCUCAGCGAGAGCUACAGGCCGCACCCCGGGGACCCGCUGGAUCAGCAGGCGAGGGCGACGGGUGCAUGGGGUCGAGGGAGCACGCGCCCGGAUACGAACACCCGCCGCUUCGACUUCCGUUUUCUUUGCGCGACACUUCCCCGGAAGCUCCCGGAGGAGCCCCAUCCCACCGUCAGAUGCGUGGUCCGGACAUCCGUGUCCGCACCACGAGCAGAGCUUGCGCUUCGUGGCGUGGCGUUAUGUGACACGCGCCGAAAGAUCCGGAAAGCCGAACAUCCGUUGGAGGAUCCAAUCGCUUUACUAUGCGUGGAACUCUUGGAGGGCCUAGACUGGGCAAAGUGUGUGGCUUGGUCGGCAGUGUUUGGCCACAGCUACCGGCCAAUGCUGACGUGA